AUGAGUCUUUUCAGAGCUGUUGCUCGUCUGGCGACUAUAAGUCGUCAGGUCGUUCCCAGAACGAGCCUUCCACAAAUUGCAUCAGUCCAGUCUCUCCGAUUCAACUCCUCUGGCGUCCAGAAAGACACGAAGGAAACCCCAGCUAGCUUGACUGCCCAGAUCUUCAGAUCUGACAAGGAAAAGAUCACUGAAGAUGAUUUGGACGAAUGGUUGAGUGCCGUUAGAGUGUUGAAAGAAGGUGAACAAAAACCAGAAACCGAAACUGAACUUUACAUCCAAGAGUUCUUGAAGCCAGAACAGUUCUUGCGUGAUACGUUUGAACCAACUGAAGCCCAGUUGGCUGAGGUUGAACAGUUCAAGCUGAGUCCUGUUCCUCUUAAAGCAGAGCCUCUUGUGGAGCAUUUCGUCAAUGUCCUUAUGAAAAACGGCAAGAAGUCUAAAGCACGUACCAUCUUCUCCAGAGCCUUAUACCUUGUGGGCUUAAGAACGGGUUUGGACCCUCUUAAAGUGCUUUACGACGCCUUGGAAAGACUCGGACCUUUGUUCAACACUCGUACAGUCAGAACUGGUUUCGCCAAGAACAUUACCCUUCCAGUCGCUUUGAACAAGCGCCAGAGAAACAGAUACGCCAUAGACUGGAUCUUGGAGGGCACCAACAACAAGAAAUCCUCUGCCAUGUCGGUCAGAUUGGCCGAAGAAAUCAUUAAUGCCUACGAAGGCCGUUCUUCUGGCUACGACAAGAAGGCCAGAAUGCACAAGGACGCUACCACCCAAAGAGCAUACCUUAAAUUUUAG